AUGGCUCCUAGGAAACUAAUCUCUCUUCCAGUUUGGGUCGUCAUUCGCAACAUUCCACCUCAAUUGUACUCCUAUGAGGGUCUUAGCAUUAUUGCUUAUGCUAUUGAUGAACCUCUUUACACAGACAAGCCUAUUAUGGAGUCGGAUCUUCGUUAUGCUGCCAAAGUCAAAAUCUCGGUUGCUCUUGAUAGGAAACAACCCUCCAUAGUUUGUGUCAAAGCAAGCUUGGGAAUUCGGAUUUCUCUCCGAGCGGAUUAUCCAAGGCUACCUCCUCACAGUGAUCUCUGCAAAGAAUUCGGUCACCUUUCCGUCAUGCAAAUUAUCUAA